AUGCCGUCGCCGGACGGGGGAAACUUUCCGCUCACUAUGAUAUCCACCUUCACCACCCUCGACCAGUCUGUCUCGCUCAACGCCAUCACGCUCGACGGGCCGAUGCCGACAACGCCCAAGCUGCGAGUCCUCGACACCGUCCCCGACUCUUUCGGAUUUAACGCCCUUGUUGCCGCCAUCGCGCCCAACAUUGUCGCCUUCGCUCCGCUCAACACGAUCCGUCUCGUCUCACUCGCUCUCCCGCCGGCCUUUCCGCCGACGGUCUUGCCGCUGCCGAGCGAGCGUAUUGCCAACGAUUCCCAGCUCGUCGCGCUCACCUCGGCCGACGUCAACAACGAUGGAAUCAUUGACCUCAUCCUCAGCUGCAAGACUGUAUCUGCCGCCCAUGCGUCCGUUGUUGUCGCUAUCGCCAAGCUUGGAGCCCCUCUUUCGUGGCGCUUUGCCGUUGUCAGCAGCCCUGUCACUCCAGUCUCGAUAGCCGUCUGGCGGAGCCCCACAUCUACCGAGCCAUCUGCAUCGCUCGUCUGGCUCUCCGCUAUCCAGCCUGGUGUUGAUAACUUCAACUUUGAGCUCUUUGCCAUGCGCUUUGAUCCAACAACCAUGACACCUUCGGCCCUCACCGAGCUCUCGCCACUCGACGACGCGGGAGAGGCCACCAGCGCUGCGCUUGUUGUCUCGCCCUCGACCGACCCAGGUGCCUUUGGCUCUAUCAUUGUUGCGCGCGUCGUGGUCGAAUCAGCUACUUCGGCAAGUAGCGGUGCCUCACUCUCCGCAUUUGACUCCCUCCCUCCCAUCACCUCGUACUCGCACGCCUCCCGCGCCGCCGCAAUUGCUGGCCUUGUCAACUCAGACACCGAGCCCGACAUCGUCAUUAUUGACACCCAUCAUCAAGUCAUCACCUUGAUCAACAACAUCCAGAGCGGCGUGCAAGCCAGCCAGUUCCAGCCCAUUCUGGGCCCCACCCUCUCCGAGGACCUUGAUUUCGGCACGGGUGCCAUCCACAUCUCGCUGGCAGACGCAGAUGGCGACGGCUCCCAGGACCUCAUGCUUACUUGUCUUUCAUCGCCUACCUCCACUGGCAUCUGGUACCUGCCUAACGCAGGUGGUGGUCAGUGGAACCCACUUGUUAGCCUCGCAACGCUGCCGUUUACCAUCAUCAACGUUGUUCCCGUCUCCAUUCGAUCCGCCCUCGCCAUCGAGUACAUCGUGGCCUUGGACGAGACCAACAACGUCAACUCGCUUGUUUUUGUCUAUCAGAUCCAGGCCGGCUCGCCCGUCUUUGCCCACUGCUUCCUCCCGCCGGCACUCAACACAACAUCUGAGCUCAUUGCUCCGCUCCGUCCUCGUCACUCGCCGCUACCCUCGGACUCGGGCAUCGUCAUCGCCGCGCACUUGGGGUCAUCCUCUUAUCCUCUCUUCUGGGUCACGCUGGACCAGCUCGGCCAUGAGCGAUGA